ACUUUUAUUACAGAACAGAGAAAACGAAACAGUUGUUUAUUUUUUCCGACAGAUUGAUUCCACUUUCCCAAAUCUUCUACCAAACACACAUAUUCUCCUCUCUCGGCGGCACUCAGGUAUGAGUAGCCCCAUCGCUUUGUCACCGGCCUUCUCCGCCGCCGUUCUCCCUCCGUCCUCACACGGGCUCAAAUCUUGCAUCGUCUCGCCUCUCGCCUCUCAAUCUCGAAUCAAACGAACCAGCUCGAGAAGAGCUUCCACGAUGACGGUUCGAUGCGACGUAGCUGUGUCAGUGAACGCAGAGGAGGCCGAGCUUUCGGAAGAAGAGAUCGAAGCGAAAGGAAAGGUGGGAUCUUUGGUCAGAGUGACUGCGCCGCUGAAGGUUUACCACGUGAACCGCGUCCCGGAGAUUGAUUUGGAAGGGAUGGAAGGUAAGCUCAAGGACUACGUCGCCGUGUGGAAAGGGAAAAGAAUAUCAGCUAAUCUUCCUUACAGGGUCGAGUUCUUCAAAGAGGUUGAAGGUCGUGGUCCUGUUAAGUUCGUCGCUCAUCUCAAGGAAGACGAGUUCGAGUUCAUCGAACCAUGAUGAUGAAAAACAACAAAAGGCAACAUUGUUUCUUUCUCUCACUCUCUGUUGUUCUUUUGUUUUACUGAAAAACUUGGGAGUGGAGAAUGAUUUGUAUGUACUGAGAAUAUACUGAUGUAUGUGUAUGUAUACCUUUAGCAAUCAUAUACAUAAUCAGCUCUUCACCUC